AUGGCGGAUGUGAAACAAAUAUCCGCGGCCCUACAUCGCGAAGAAGGAUUUCCAACCCGCCGAGUAUCCGAAGUGGCCCGGGGAGUCGGCAUCAUGCAUGGCGGCGGUGUAACCUACGUCUCCAUACGCAUUGGUCUAUACGAAACGAUCCAAGACCAGGCUUGUGCAUGGGACAUCGCACUCUCUCCUCUCCUGGCUUUUACGGCGGCGACGUCCGGCUUUAUUGGCGCUAUGUUCGGUACUCGCCAAAUAUGGCCAAUAUUCGGAUGCAAAACGACUAGGUUCUACCCCCUGCGUCUCGCAGAAACUACCACCGAAAGUUUACGAAAUCGCCGGGUAGCCCUAUGGCGUUGUCACGACGCCAUUGAUGGGCACUUCGGGGGUCAACUUUUGACGGUGACCAAGUAUCUCACUACAACAGGAGGGCCACGAUGGGCACCAAGUUUCGUACGGUUGGGACAGACAAUCGCAACUUUGGUGCUUCUGGAAGACGGGCAAGAAAACGCCAUUCGAAGAGUCUGA